AAAUUAAUAAAGGGACACAUUUUCACCUGUCACCAUUAACUGGAUUUGUUCGAAGCAUGGUAUUGAACGGAGAACUUGGUACUUUGGUAAAACAAGGUGCCGAAGCUAAACUGUAUGAGUCUCUAUUUUACGAGCGACCAUGUAUUAUAAAAGAACGAUUCCAGAAAUCCUACAGACAUCCUACACUUGAUAAAAGUUUAACCCAACAACGAUUAAAGUCGGAAGUGCGAGCUAUGCUUCGAUGUCGCAUGAAUGGAAUUCCUGCCCCAGUUGUGUUCUUUACCAACUUAGAGAAUGGCUGUAUUUAUAUGGAGAAAAUCCUCAAUUCUUUGACAAUGAAAGACUACAUAAGAAACUGUCAGCAACAGAAUGGUGUGAUGCAGUGUGCAAGUCAGCUCAGUCCACUGGUACUGAAGAUGGGUGAAAUGGUUGGUAAGAUGCACCAGAAUAACCUCAUUCAUGGGGACUUAACCACAUCUAAUGUAUUGGUACGAGGAGAUCCAGCCAAUUUGGAUCUUGUAUUCAUUGAUUUUGGUUUGAGCCAUUUUGAGAAUAAUGCUGAAGACAAAGGAGUGGAUUUAUAUGUUCUUGAACGAGCAUUGUUAAGUACCCAUCCUAACACUGAACAGGUGUUUACUGAUAUACUUAAUGGUUAUAAAAUAGGUAAUGAGGCUGGUUAUGCAGAUGUAUUACUAAAACUGGAAGAAGUGCGAUUAAGAGGAAGAAAGCGAACCAUGGUGGGAUGAAUAAAAACCUACUUUUCUCAAAA